CGCGAUUCAUCCAAUCCAUGUAAUAGACAGAGCAGGUACGCGUGCCUGUGAGUACUUGAUGUUGUGAAAGAAAUAGCGUUGUAAUUUGUUGAGCAAAAUAUGCAUUCUUAGGUCACAUUCGACUCAGGUUUUGAUGUUCUAUAAAGUGACCAUAAAGUGAUGUAACAGUGAAAACAGCUUUUGCAGGUAUUUUGAGUUUAUAUGUAUAUAUUGUUUAGAGCAACUAUUUUGCCUUUAUUAACCAUAUCACCUACUAGGAUUAAGUUUUGUACAGAUUCUGACACCAAACUUUUUAAGGAAAUGUCUUAAUUCUUCUGUCAAUUCAUUUACAUGAGGAAUAACAAUAACACUCUGUUUACUAUUUUUCUCGUUCUCAACUAUUGUUCUAUCCUCAUUAUUCUGUUUUCUCACCACUCGAAAAAUUUUCUUAAUCAAAUUGUGUGGAUAAUUACUAUUCGUCAACAUAUUUAUAAGUAUUUGCAUGUCGUUAUCAUUAUUUUUAGCAACGAGAAAAAAACAAAUGGUAUAAAAAACCAACAGCAAGUAACCGUUUGCUACAUUAUGAGUCUGACCAUAAUCUAGCAAUGAAGAAAAAUAUUGCUAUAAAUAUGAUUAAAAAAUUUCUGAUAGCAAAUAAUGGAAAUCAUAAUGAUAAUGACAUGCAAAUACUUAUAAAUAUGUUGACGAAUAGUGGUUAUCCACACAAUUUGAUUAAGAAAAUUUUUCGAGUGUUGAGAAAACAGAAUAAUGAGGAUAGAACAAUGGUUGAGAAUGAGAAAAAUAGUAAACAGAGUGUUAUUGUUAUUCCUCAUGUAAAUGAAUUGACAGAAGAAUUAAGACAUUUCCUUAAAAAGUUUGGUGUCAGAAUCUGUACAAAACUUAAUCCUAGUAUAGGUGAUAUGGUUAAUAAAGGCAAAAUAGUUGCUCUAAACAAUAUAAACAAAAAUAAAACUAGUGAAGAAAAAUGUAUAAAAACUGGAGAAUUUGCAGUGUACGGGUUACCAUGUGAAUGUGGUGAUUUAUACACAGGUGAAACUGUAUCAUUACAUAACAGAAUUAAACAAUAUAAAAUGAAAAUUAAAAAAUUUGAUAUAGAGUAG